GCAUCAGCUGAAGAUACAAAGAAAUGGGGUAUGCUUUAUCUAGUCAACCAACUCUUCAAGGUCUAUUUCAAGAUCAACAAGCUGCCAUUAUGUAAACCUCUCAUUCGGGCAAUAGAUGGCUCAUCUCUCAAAGAUCGUUUCAGUAUCUCACAGCUAGUCACCUACAAGUACUAUGUAGGCAGGAAAGAGAUGUUUGAAAGCAACUUCAAAGCAGCCGAGGAGCACCUAUCAUUUGCAUUCCAACGGUGUCAUCGUUCCAGUCGGCAAAAUAAACGUCUCAUCCUUAUCUAUCUUCUACCAGUCAAAAUGUUGCUGGGUCACAUGCCAAAGACAUCCCUUCUGAAUAAAUACGAUCUGAUGCAGUUUGCGGAUAUCGCCAAGGCAACCAAGAUGGGCGAUCUCCGUCUCCUGAUGAGUGCUAUGAACAAGAACGAGGCAUUCUUCAUCAAGUGUGGUGUCUACCUCAUCAUCGAGAAACUACAGACUAUCACGUACAGGAAUCUAUUCAAGAAAGUACAACUAAUGCUGAAAGUACAUCAGGUACCUAUCGAUGCGUUUGAAACAGCUCUCAAAUUCACAGGACUGGAAGAUGUAGACAAGGAGGAGGUAGAAUGCAUCCUGGCAAACCUCAUCUACAAGAACUACAUCAAAGGCUACCUUUCUCAUCAGCACCAAAAACUGGUUGUUAGCAAGCAGAAUCCUUUUCCUCCGCUCUCCUCGUUUCUGUCAUAGCGUCUUCUUGGUGUCAGUUUAGACAUCACAUUUAGAACUAUCAAGGACUGUGAUGCUUGGAGAGUAUCAAAUAUAGCUACUGCUUCGUCUAGCUUAGAAGGCUGCUUCUGCUUCGUGCAGGACCAGUGAUACUUGACAGUGUCAAAGACAACUUUCUGUAAAGCACUUGGAAACUUUGUUCUGAUAUAUGAAGAGGAUAAGCGCUGUGAAAGCAGAGUAUUGUUGUCACUACUUCGUCGAGCUCAAGACAGCUUUGCAAACUCAAUAUAAUACUGUUUCUGUUGAGAUAACUCCUGUAGAAACUCGGCAAAGCAGCUUCCUGCUGCAUCAACGCCAAGCUGGUAUAUAACCAAUUACAUAUGAAAUAAUUUUACGUCUAGGCUAAUCAGUCUGACCGUUGUAGACAACAGAAAUUACGCUUGGACCUUUUUUGGUUAAAGUGGAGAUAAUGGCAGAGCUAGGAUUUGAACGUGGAGGAGCCGUGGUGUAGUGGUUCUGACUCUCGCCUUGUAAACAGAGGGUCGUGUGUUCGAAUCCCACCGCGGUCUGGCGUCCUUUGGCAAGGCAUUAAUCCACACUUUGCCACUCUCCACCCAGGUGCUAAAUGGGUACCCGGUAGGAUGUGAAAGUCAUUGUAGCUUGUCCAGUACUGUGUGCGCCUCACCGGCGACUGAUUGGAGUACUCCCGAGGGAGUGGACUCAGUGGAGGAUGUGCACACAUUGUGUGCGGAAAUGGCUGAUUGAAUCCGAUGACCGGGGUAAUAAUAUAUCUGUAGAGGGCUUAGACACGCCGUUCCGAGGUAUUAAGCGCGAUAUAAAAGCGGAUUAUUAUUAUUAACUCGCAACCUUUCAAUCAUGAGUCCAAUGCUCUAAUCCUGCCCUGGGAUCGCUUAUGCCUACAGUGGCAAACAAGUGUGCAUCAAAUAAUGGGGACCAUGAAACGAUACCUACGAUUCCAGUCAAGAAAACAAAAUAAUAUGUCAUAACCAUCCGAUUUCCAUAGUUUUAUUUCACUGAUUUAAGUAAGGUUUGAAUUUGAUUGUCAAUAUCUGCGAGAAAUCUAUAAUGACAAGAAUACUGAACAUUGUACUCUGAGAUAGAACUUGUUUGCAUGAAUUGUGCAUCUCACCGUAAUGUGAAAAACAUGAGUAGAAUCUGAUUUUAUCGGAUGAAGUGUUGCUGAUUUAUAUAUAAAUCCCAAAAUACUGAUAGAACUUAUACUGAGACACACAUGUAUUACUGAAAAAUUAGCAUUAUGUUUUGUAUGCAGUACUGGGAAACUAUUUUGAGAACCAAAAGCUUAGAAAGUUAGAUCGUUCUUACCACUGUUUUGCUAGAAGGGAAGCUUCUACAUGUUAGACAGUGUUAUUUUUGAACCUGUAUAAACUCUCUACCAUGAUGCCUCUAUGCUUGUGAGCAAACGGGCAGGAUUCAUUUAAAUCAAGUUGUUUUCAAAUAAUUCUCAUUUCUCUUGAAAUGCAAGUUGUUUUUUUUUUACUGAAUUUCAUUUUUCUCAUGAAUUAAAGGUCUGUCUCCUUGCAUUGAUAGAAAGAGAAAAUGUAUAAGUUACAAUUUUCAUAAAUUAUAAGCUAUCAAGGCUUAAUCUUUGCCUUUAGACAAUGCUCCAGGUAUUUCAUAAUAUAUCAGAUGCCUAGUGACUGAAAAAAGGCCGGGUAAGUGCGAGCUCAGUAACUGAAAUCGCUAGUUUACCCGGGUUUCGCCAACUCUCUUCAUCGACCGCUAGUCUCAUCAUCUCAGCCACUACUUGACAAGGAAUGUAGCCAAGUCACGAGGCCUCUUCAACCUCUUCAAAAGGCUAGCUUAAAGGGGAAUCCAGCCUUGAUCAUGAAAUGUUGUGUUGGAAAGGAGAAAAAUGAAUAAAACAGAAUGGUGAAAGUUUGAAAGAAAUCGGACAAUCAAUAAGAAUGUUAUGGCUGCUUUAUAAUUGAGAUCCCUUAGACUAUGUAGAUUUCAAAUUGGCAACAGGGUAAGUAAAUUAAGACAACCCAUGUAGUAUAUGGUGUUAUGUCCUCAUGAAAGAAAAGUAUAAUUUGAAGUAAAACUUUUGAAAAGAAAGACAUUUCAGUCAUUUCAUGUAUUGGAGUACAUGGAAGAGUAGUCCUUGCCUUACAUCACUUAUGGGGCCAAUUUGUAGUCUCCAUUGGUAUAGUGAUUACAUAUUGUUUGUCCGAUAUUUUUUAAAACUUUCACCAAACAACUUGUCCCAUUUUUUUAAAUUUUCCUCUAAAAACAGGUUUUUGUUUGGAUUGGAUUCCCCUUUAAACCAAUAGAGUGGCAGUGAGUCCUUUGAAGAAUACAUUUCCUGUACAAAUGGGGAAUCCAACCUUGUUAAUAGAAAAAUGAUAUACGUAAACAGGGGCUGAUCCAGGAUUUUCAAAAGAGGAGGAGGGGGCUUAUUUUCAAGGAAAAUUUGACAAGCAAAAAAAAAAGGUUUUCACCAAAGAUUGAAGCUCAUUUCGUCCACAUACAAUUAUGAAAAAAAAGAAAAAUGGUCCUUGUGUAUGAACGACAUAUUCCUACUGAAAAUACAUGCUGUGACUUUCAAAACGGGAGGGGGCACAUUAGUGUAAGAACGGCAUAUUAACAUUAAAAAAUUUGAUUGUGGCACUCAAAAGGGGAGGGGGCACGGGCCAGAUGUGCCACCCCCCCCUUGGAUCCGCCACUGUGUGUAAAGGGGAAAAGUAGGAAAUACAGAAUGGUGAAAAAUUGACAAAGAAAAAAAAUGGACUAGAAAUAGCACAUUUAUAGCUGUUUGAAAUAUGAGAUCCCAAUGAUGUUUAUAAAUCUCAAAUUUACAACUUGUUGAGGAGAUUAUGAAAAGGGGUAAGGACACUUCUCGUCUAUAAUUACCUUUACCCACAGGUCAUAAAUAUCACAUAGAUCACAUGUCCUCAUAAAAUAAAACAAUCUGGGGAGCGUUUCAUCAAAGGACUUGUCAGACGUUUUAUCUGACAGUUACCAUAGUUACAGUGCUCCUCAACCAAUCAGAAUCAAGGAAAGUUGUAUGAUCUGACAACUUGUCAGUCAAAAAUGUUGAUGAAAUGCUCCCCAGUUCAGUCAUGUUGUGUAUUGGAGCCAUAAACUCCAGUUUCUGUCUUUUUCUUUUGAAAGAACUUUCUAUUUGGAUUUGAUUUCCCUAUGAAGUACAUUAUUCAUUUGAGUCUUCUUUAAUACACUCAUUCAUGUUGUUGUAAUGUAUCACCUUAUUGUGUAUAAAGUCAAGUUAGUUAGGUUUUGUGAUUAUAUGUAUAUAAAUCAUGCUCUAUUGGGGCCUUUCUAUAAAUACAUGUUUUAUAAUGAAUCCAUUA